CCUGUCUCAGUAUUUUAAGAGUGGGGAAUUUUGCAUUCCCUCGUAAGACCAAUCAUGCCACACAAUUCAUAAACUUUUAAAAUCGGAGUUGCUGUUUGGAUGUACGCCAUGCGCCUUCAACCUGCGCGGGCUGGCUGGGACUUUUCUUAUCGGAUGCUGUGCUGAGAAAUGCAGUUUGCGCCGUUGCUCCCAUGGCUUAUUAUCCUUUCCAAAUUCGCGGACCCGGUGCCUUGUCCUUAUCAGCCUUCCUUACCAGCGCACAGCCUUCUUUUCCCGCCGCGCCGACUUUUCCGGACGUCGCGUCCUUCUCCAAGUCUCUGUCAGAGCAGACACCCUCUGACGCGGGGCUGCACGCAGGUCUGGGGUGCCAAAACGAGGCCGUUCAGCAACGUUCCUUGAAGAGACUUGAGCCAGAAGAAUGGUUGGACGAGGACCCGAAAGUUACGCUGGAAUCAAAGAACUUGUGGAGUGAAUUUCACAAAAUAGGAACUGAGAUGGUUAUCACAAAGUCAGGAAGGAGGAUGUUUCCCCCUUUCAAAGUGCAAGUAGAAGGGCUGAAUGAAACAGCCAAGUACAUCUUGCUGAUGGACAUUGUCGCUGUCGACGACUGUCGCUACAAGUUUCACAACUCCCGCUGGAUGGUGGCUGGAAAAGCUGACCCGGAGAUGCCAAAGCGCAUGUACAUCCACCCGGACAGUCCGUCUAAAGGAGAGCAGUGGAUGAGCAAGCCUGUUGCCUUUCAUAAACUCAAGCUCACCAAUAACAUGUCUGACAAACAUGGGUUUACAAUUUUGAAUUCCAUGCACAAGUACCAACCCAGAUUUCAUAUUGUGAAGGCGAAUGACAUAAUGAAGCUUCCAUAUAGCACCUUCCGGACUUAUGUUUUCCCAGAGACAGAGUUCAUCGCUGUCACUGCUUAUCAAAAUGAAAAGAUUACACAACUAAAAAUUGACAACAAUCCCUUUGCCAAAGGGUUCAGAGAUACAGGAAAUGGGAGACGCGAAAAAAGAAAUAAACAGUUAAACAUUUCUUCACUGAAUGGAAACCAAAGCAAAGCAGACCAGGACUUUGCUGAUUCUGAUGAUUCCUAUGAGCAGCCCAGUACCAGUGAGCCUUUUUAUUCCCCACAACUAAUGAGCAGCCCUCUGAUGUCCACAUCAACUUGUCAAGAUGAGACCAAUGUUGUCAGUGAUUCAGACGUUGAUCCACUAGAUGACUGCAAUGCUGAAGGCAGCUGCUCCAGGAACGAACAGACAUUGGCUUUAAGUCUGAGAAGUGAAGAGAUACUGUGGAACAAGUGCGAUCUCAGAAAGAACAAUCAGGAUGGAACAAAAGCAAGAACAUCAAGCAGCGCUUCACGUGAUAGAUAUUCUAUAGGUAUGGGGUCAGAAGAGCAUAUGAGUGAAAUCAAAGAUGGGGUCGUGCCUAUGAUGUUACAGUCAUGGAGUGCAUCAUCCUUCAGUGCUGGUCAGCAACCCACUUUGGAUUUCUCAAGUGCACACAGCCAAUUCUCUAGUAGGCUUGGGACACCUUUGUCAUUUCAAUCUGGACAGGUAUCAAUGAAGCCAGAGGUUUUUUCCAAUAUGGGUAUGGAGAAUAUGUUUCCCACUUCAUCUGGUAUAAAUGGAUUAAGAAAUGGAAGCCUUUUUUCUGAACGCAUCACCUCUUCAGCUCCGUUCAAACGUCAACUGUCACAGCAAAUGCUGGCAUCUCAGGGGAUUUCACCAUCACCCCAUGGAGGACUUUUCUCAUAUCCAUACUGCUACAUGGCAGCGCCAGGUUCAGUCACACCAGCUCUUCCGUUCUGCACUGCAACCUCAUCGCACUCCAGAAACCGACAUUACAGCAACUCUCGACCAUGGGUGCGAUUCAGCCCUCAUCAGAUUCCCACAUCGAUGACCUCAAGCCAUAAUCUUCUAACGUCCAGACUGCCUGGUAGAUCAUAUUUACAAUCUGAGCUGUUUAAAUCUGGGAGCAGAGAGUCAACUGUGGUGUUUGACAAUAACAGCUAUCUAGUCAUAAGACCUAAUAAACCGAAUCCUCCAUAAUAGACUGUCCUACAAGUUUUAGGAGUUUUAAUCAAACAUAGUGGAAAUUGUGAUGAGACACGGACAUGUUUGUGAAGUCACGUAUGACAAUCAUGUGACAAUGUUUUGGCAGAAAGUCUAUAUUUUUGCUUAUUUUUAAAUUGAUCAUAUUAUCAUAAACUUAAUAAAGACAGACUUGGCGGUCCAAAGACACCCAGCAUAUUAUACUAGCCUUGGAUAUGCAUGUUUAAUUUAUUAAUUAAAAUAAAUAUAGUUAUAAUAAAUAUUUUUUUAAAGCCGUUAUAAUUCUUUAACAGAAUUUAGGUUAUGUCUUCUGGUUUGCAAAAACACCAAGUCACUACUUACUGACAGUCCUACAACAACAAAUAAACAAAUUUGAUUCUACUAAAAGCUACUCAGUGGAAUUCCCAGAAAAAGUUGCUAUGCAAAAGUCAGUGCCCGGAGUGGAAUUCUUUAGAGGAUGAUAUGAUGUAAUGUGCAUAAAUAAAAACACAUUUUUUACCACUUUAUUCUAUGUAAAUGUGUAAAUAGUUUUUCUCUUGCAUUCUUUUCACAAGAAAGUGACUAAAUGAAGCCUUUUUUUUUUCAGAAUGUUUUAUGUUUUAUAUUUUAACAAUUAAAUAUGCCAAUAAUAAAUGAGAAAAGUGACUAUUUGACAUGUUUCACACUUUCACAUUCUGAUAUACCAAAAAUGUGCAGUGAGCUUGAAAAAACUCAGGACUUUUUGUUUAUCUUCUUUUAAACCAGCACUUAAGAAAUCUCCAGGAGAUGUUAUG